AUAUAAUCAAAAUGGCCGGUGUCAAAACUUUCGAAUUAAGAACCAAGUCCAAGGAACAAUUAUCUCAACAAUUGGUUGAAUUGAAGAAGGAAUUGGCCAACUUGAAGGUCCAAAAGUUGCAAAAGCCUUCUUUGCCAAGAAUCCACACUGUCAGAAAGAACAUCGCUAGAGUUUUGACUGUCAUCAACUUGAACCAAAGAGAAAACGUCAGAGCCUUCUACGCUGGUAAGAAGUACCAACCAAAGGACUUGAGAGCCAAGAAGACCAGAGCUAUCAGAAGACAAUUAACCAAGUUCGAAAGAUCUCAAGAAACCGAAAAGGCCAGAAAGCAAAGAAUCGCCUUCCCACAAAGAAAGUUCGCUAUUAAGGCUUAAGUUUUUCAACCUCAAAAUCAAUAAUAACUAUCAUUUGGGCGUCUUAAUGUAUUUUUAGGAAGGAAUUCUCACGUUUUAAUAAACCUUUUCAUUACAACAUACAUAUGUAUUUAUAAUGUUUAAAUAUAUGU